UUAAAAAAUUCACAAAUUUGUUUAGAGAGAGAAAGUUUAGAGAGAGAAAGUUUAGAGAGAGAGAGAGAGAGAGAGAGAGAGAAACUAAAAAGGGCAUCUAAUGUGUUCAUAGAUGAAGUUGAUUCCUCUAUCUUUCUCUUCUUCUUCAUCUUCUUCUUCUUCCAUUUGCAUCUCCAAAUCCAAACCCUUUUGCUUAUGAAAACCAUAUUUUGAUUCUUAUUAUUCUCCAAAUCAAACCCUUUUAACCCUUUUCAUGGCGGCUUCUUCUUCAUCCGUUCCACUUUUCGGACCUCGGGAUGAAGCCCAGAUGAGACAACAACAGCAGCAGCAACAACAACAACUACAGCAAUCUAAUUCUUCGGGUGUGCCGCCACCGAAGAAAAAGAGGAACCAACCAGGAACACCAAAUCCAGAUGCGGAGGUGAUUGCUUUGAGUCCAAAGACACUAAUGGCAACCAAUAGAUUCAUAUGUGAAGUAUGCAACAAAGGGUUUCAAAGAGAGCAAAAUCUACAACUUCAUAGAAGAGGACACAAUUUGCCUUGGAAGUUAAAGCAAAAAAGCAACAAAGAGCCAAAAAGGAAGGUGUAUUUAUGCCCAGAACCCACAUGCGUCCAUCACGACCCAUCAAGAGCUCUUGGUGACUUAACAGGUAUCAAAAAACACUACUCCAGAAAGCAUGGGGAGAAGAAAUGGAAGUGCGAUAAGUGCUCUAAACGCUAUGCCGUUCAGUCCGAUUGGAAGGCCCAUUCCAAAACCUGUGGUACUCGCGAGUAUCGCUGCGAUUGUGGCACGCUUUUCUCCAGGCGGGAUAGUUUUAUUACACAUAGAGCGUUUUGUGAUGCAUUGGCACAAGAAAGUGCAAGACAUCCUACAAAUUUAGGGUCAGCAAUGGGAGGUCAUUUAUAUGGAGGUAAUAGCAAUGUGGGGUUAACAUUAUCACAAGUUCCUCAAAUUUCAUCUCUUCAAGAUAUUCCCAAUAUAACCCAAUCGGACGUCCUCCGCCUUGGUGGCGGAGGACGAACCGGGCAGUUCAAUCAUCUUCUUCCUCCGUCUAUCGGCUCGUCAUUUCGACCACCACCGCAACAGGCAAUGCCGUCUUCGGCUGCGGCUGCGGCCUUCUUCUUGAAUGAUCAAACUAGCCAGAAUAGCUUCCAUGAGGAUCAUGGAAGUCAAUCUCAACAAGGGUUGUUUGGAAACAAGGCGUUUCAUGGAUUAAUGCAAUUUUCUGAUAUGCAAAGCCAUACGAGUAAUAGUAACAACCCUUCCUCAAAUCUCUUCAAUUUGGGGUUCAUUUCGAACCCUACUGGUGAUAGUACAACGAAUAUGAACAACAACAACACCAACAACAGUAAUAAUACGAGUAAUAGCAACAACAACAGCAACAGCAACAGCAACAACAACAAUCUGCAAUCGUCUUUGCUUAAUCAAUUCAGUGGCACGAACAAUGGAAACAAUGAAGGUGGUGCAUCAAACAUUUUCUCGAUGAUGGGCGAUCAAAUGAAUUCAGGUGCAGUCCCGUCUCUCUAUAGCAACACGACGGGAGUCGGCGGUAGUGGUACAAGCGGAGCAAUUCCACACAUGUCAGCCACGGCGCUUCUCCAAAAGGCAGCUCAAUUAGGCUCAACGACAUCAAGUAGCAACACAACAGCGACAUUGCUAAGAUCAUUUGGAAGCUCGUCAACUUCAGGUGGAAAAGCAUCCGACAGGACACUUUUCCCACCAAGCUACGGCGGAGUAUUCGGCGAAAAUGAGAGCAAUCUUCAAGAUCUGAUGAACUCAUUCACCACCGGAAGCUCAGCAGGCGGGCUCUUCGGUGGCGGAAUGAGCUCAUUCGGUACAUUCGAUGGCGGAAACAAUAGACCAAACAACAUGGAAACAUUGGAAGAUCCAAAAUUACAACAGAAUCUAAGCUCAGUUAGCAUGGGAGGAACAGAUAGAUUAACAAGAGACUUCCUAGGUGUUGGACAAAUUGUAAGAAGUAUGAGUAGCGGAGGAGGCGGCGGUGGCAGCGGCGGCGGUUAUUCCCAACGAGAACAUAAACAACCACCGCAAGGGAUCGUUAUGGAUGGAAAUGAGAGCAAUUCAGCUGCAACAAGCCAAGCAUUUGGUGGUGGAGGAAAUGGAAACUACCAGUGAAGAAGAAGAAGAACAAAGUACAGACAGAAACAGAUAUUAUAAAUGCAACAAAUCUCUCCAAGCUACCAAGCUGCUUAAGUUCAGUGAUCUCCACAAAUAUCAGGUAGUUUUUUUUUUUUUUAAUGUAAUUUUAGCAUGAGAGGAAGGACAAGCAGAUUAGCCUUUUUUUUUUUUUUUUUUU